AUGGCAUUGAUUAAAAAAGGGCUUCCCCCUAAGCUUGAAGACCCUGGAAGUUUCUUUCUGCCUUGUACCAUUCGGAGAUUGACCAUCAACAAGGCAAUGUGUGACUUAGGGGCAAGUAUCAACCUAAUGCCCUCUUCUUUGGUGAAAAAGCUUUGUAUAGAGGAAGUGAAGCCAAUACAAAUGUUUCUAGAACUAGUGGAUAAGUCAGUGAUAUGUCCCAGGGGUGUGAUUGAAAACCUUCUAGUUAAGGUGGACAAAUUCAUAUUUCCUGCGGAUUUUAUGGUCUUAGACUCAGAUGAGGAUGAAGGUGAUUCCAUUAUACUUGGGAGACCAUUCUUGGCCAUUUCUAGAGCCGUUAUAGAUGUAGAGUGGUGCACGAAUUUAUGA